AUGUUAAUUAUACUAAUAUAUACAAUAGCUUAUUGCUUUUAAGCUGACAAUACAUAUGUUACUCAUGUAUUUGAUAAAGUCGUAGAUAACAAUUAUACAAGGUAUCCUGAACUGUUUGCAGUUCAAAAUAUUUAUGAUUCAGUCUCUAAAUAAAUAACUCUAAAAAGUAUACUUUUUUAUUCUAAUUUUCAGGUGGUAGAAAAGUGUUAUGUUAAAUCCCUAUACCUCAUAUAACUAAACCAUUUUAGAUAGACAAAUUAACAAUUGUAAGAAAUCUAACAGAUGAGGAUAUCAAUCAUAUACUUUUUCCAUUAGAAGAUUAAUGUGUAUAACAUUACACUAAAGAAUUUGUAUAUGAAUAUUGUUUCAAAAAAUACAUUCGUCAAUUUGAUGAUCUAAAUACCAUGCUUAAUAUGAAAAAAUAAGUAUAUUUCAUUUUAAUAAUCUAGUAUAAAGAAGAUUUCAGUCUAGGAAUUUCUAAAUCAUAUAUUAGAGCCACUGAUGAAACUAAUGGUAUUCAUUAACCUGAUCAUGCCCUUUAUGUAAUUGAUACACAUUAUCAUCAAAUUAUUAAGUAAGUUGAUUAAUUGAUUAUCAUUUCUGAAUGUACUGCUAAAUUGAGAAAUUAUACCAAAGUUUUGUUAAAAAAUUAUGGAUAUAAGCUUACUGUAAAUACAAUUACAGCAACUUUCCAUUUUGAAAUUGCACUUGUUAUUCAUAGCUAAUUAUUACUUCUUAAAUAGUGUGCAGAUUAAAUUAUCAUUUCUGAUUCCUUUGAUUUUUAACCAUUUGAUGAACCACAAUAGAAGAUUCUAUCCAAUUAAUAUUACUAAUAUAAAAAUAUUAUAUUUGGAUUGAAUCUUAGAGCUUAAGAAAUGUUCCAUCCAUAAUAAAGUUUAGGUAUUGUCUUUACUGAACAUGUUCAUAUAGUAUAAGUAGAAAAAAUUAUAGAUUUCUGUGCUAUCUUAGUUUCAGGUAAUUCUUUUAGAAAAAAACCAAAACCUAUAUUUCAAAUAAAGAAUUUAAUAUUAAUGGAUACUAAUGCUAUUUAUGUAGAAAUGAAGAGACCUAUUUCUAUUAUAGAAAAUUAUCUAUUUUUUGAAUGGGUAGAUUAAAUGGAUGUUAAUGAUUAUGUAACUAUCUUUGAAAACACUACUUAAGUUUUUAGUUAUGUUGAAACAUUCAAAAUAAUAGGUUAUUAAAAUGGUAUGGCUACUUUAGAUAAAUAAUUAACAAAAGGUCUUAGAUAUUAAGGUAAAGCUUUCAUAAAAAGAAAUGGUUAAUAUAAUUAUGCUGAAAACAUAACUCAUUUUUAAUAGAAUUCGUCAGAUAAUAUUGAUUAAGAAUAUUUAGAUUUCUAUUAAAUUGAACAUGAUUAAAUUCAACUUUACUUAUUUAAUAAUUCUUAAUAAGGAAUAAAUAUAAAAUAAGAACAUUAACAAUAUAAUGGUAUUACAUUUCAUGUUAGUCCUUUAAAAACUGCAUAAGCUCCAUCUUUAUUUAUUAACAUUUAAAGUCAAAUGUAUGAAGAAACAUAAAUAUCUUUUCUUACUAUUCCAUAACAUACUAUAUUUAUCAAAAGUAAAAAUGGACCUUAUAAAUAAAUGGAACCAAGAUUCAUGAAUAGUUCUAUUAUGAAUGAAUAAUAUUGGAUAAUAAUUGAUACUAAUAUUGAUAAAUUAUAUAUUGGAAAAGAUAAUGAAAUUGAUUUAGUCAAUAAAAUGAUUGAUUUUCAAUUAAUUAGAAUUAGUAACACAACUUCAUCAAUCAAUUUUUAUUUCACCAAAAAAUCAAAUGAAGUUAAAGUAUUAGAUAUUAUGCUUCUGCCUUUAAAAAACUUUCAAAUUUUUUAAACAAAUUUCUUGAAUGGAACAUAUCAUCCAUUAAAUUAUACUGGAUAAGGAUAAGGUUAAUAUUUUGAAAGUUAUGAUUCAGGUAGUUAUUGUAAAGCUAUCAAUUCAACUAGAAAGAGUAUAGUUUAAUUAUAAUGUUAUCCUGGAGAUUUAAUGAGAUUUCUAUCAAUUUAUGAAGAAGAAAUUUGUCAGUAUAAGAUUAAUAUAGGCACAUAUCUUUUAUGUGAGAAUAAUUAAGACAUUGUUGAGCCUUCUGAAUAACAUAUUAUGUGUAUAUUAAAUUAAUGA